AUGAUAUUAAAAUCAUGUGAAGAAGGAUUAUGGAAAAAGAAAACUCCAAUGUUUGGUUCUAAUGUUCUUCAUGAAGCCUGCUCGAAAGGAAACCUCAAGCUUGUUAAAUCUCUUAUAGAACGCGGUUGUGAUAAAGAAGUUAAGAAUAAUUAUGGAUAUACUCCACUCAUUUGGGCAUCAGCUAAUGGACAUCUUGAAGUUGUUCAGUAUCUUAUUUCUGUAGGAUCAAAUAAAGAAGCAAAGUUUAAUGAAGGAUAUACUCCUUUGAUUUCUGCAUCAAGAAAUGGCAAACUUGAAGUAGUGAAGUAUCUUAUCUCUGCAGGUGCUGAUAAAGAAGCAAAAGAAGAUAAAGGAUAUACUCCGCUAAUUUAUGCAUCAAAAAAUGGUCAUCUUGAAGUUGUUAAAUAUCUCAUCUCUUCUGGCGCUGAUAAAGAGGCAAAGGAUAAUCUUGGAUCUACUUCACUUAUGCAUGCAGCAAAAAAUGGUAAACUUGAAGUUGUUAAACACCUUAUCUCUUCUGAUUACAAUAAAGAAGCAAAAGAUUGUAAUGGAUGGACAGCUCUCAUUUGGGCAUCAUUUAAUGGCCAACUUGAAGUUGUUAAAUUUCUUAUAUCUGCUGGUGCUGAUAAAGAAGCAACAGAUAAUCAUGAAUACACUCCACUUAUUUGUGCUUCAGCUAAAGAUCAUCUUGAAAUCGUUAAAUAUCUUAUAUCUAUUGGUGCUAACAAAGACGCAAAAACAAUUGGUGAGGAAACUGCCAUUAUAGUUGCCGCACGCAAUGUAAGAAGUUAUCUCUUAUCUAUAAAAGAAUAA